AUGCCGCACAUUCGUAGGCCAGAGGUUCGCGACGCAAUCUUUGAGCAUGGCUGGGAAACAUUGCUUAAAGAUGCUGCUCUGUGUGCUGAACUCAAGCAGCGCUGCGGCCUGUGCUAUCAGUGGGUCUGCGGUGUCAGGGGUAUCCGUAAACACAUCCGGGACAAGCAUGGAGAUGAAUUUACUCCACAUGAGAAGGAUCCGCUGAAGCAGGAAGCAGAACUCUGGGGGUCAUUGCUGCCGUCCCUCCCGGAGGGGGUGGCUGCACUGCAGGAGGCGGCAAAGGUUCUGGCAGACAGCAGCCAAAAGGACGGCAAAAGACGCCGAACGCAGGACGAAAGCUCAGCUUUGACGUCCCAGUCGGGGCAGGGCAGAGGCAAGGGCAAAGGCAAAGGCAAGGGCAAAGCGAAGAAGGAGGCGGCCAAGAUGAAUUUGGACGAGGCGGUUCAACUCAUGGCGGCGGUGACUCUUCAGCUUGUAGACCAGAGCAGCCGGAUCCAGCUAGACACGAGCUUUCUCCUCACAAUCAAGAACGAGGGCGGCCCGGAAAACCUCCUUCCUGUGAUGCACAAGGUCUGGGCACAGUGGAAGAAGAUCCAGGCCGAGGAGCCCGAGAAGCUCGAGCGGCCGCUUCGCUGCAGCAUGCUGAUUGCGCUCCUCAUGGAAAUGAAGGCCAGGGCAGAGAAGCUACUACAGGAUGCGGCGCAGCAGGAAAGGCUCAAGGGCUUGGAGUGGAUCGACUCGUUCCAAUCCAUGCGGGGCCUGACACCGGAGAUGAAGGGCUACUCAGUGGCCUUCGAGGUGGCGGUGGGACUUCGAUCGGAGGCGGAGCCUCUGCAUCGCAUUUUCAGCGAGUGGACGGACCUCCAGGUGAUACGGGGGAUCGAGAUCACAAUCGUCUUCUUCAUGCUCUUGCAUCCUUGGCAGGCCUGGGCACUGGUACAGGGGUCUGAUGCUCCAUGGGUUAGCCGAUGGCAAGCGGGUGCAUGGCUUGGCGAUCGCUUUGAAGUGGAGGAUGCAGGGGAUAACAUAAUCUUCAUGCCCAUCCCAGGUGGAUCGCGAAUGUGA